AUGACUUGUGAUGAUGGUAGACCAUGUCAACGAUGUAUAAAACGUAGCAUAGGACACUUAUGUCACGAUGAGCCAAAAAAUGCAGCAAAUACUACUGCAACACAUCAAAUGGCUGCUGGCGGUAGAGGUGGAUCUCAUCAUCCUUCUUCAUCAAUUAACGCAAAUUUGAUAUCAAUGCCACCGACAGAAGCCUUUAAUCAAAUGACUAUAUACCCACCAGUGCCUUCGACUCCUUUAAAAUUUGCAAGUGCGCAAAUGGGAAAUGAGUUUACCGUCAUUAGUGAAUUCCUAGAAAACAUAGACGGAAAUCAACAACAACCACCUCUCUUUAACGUCGAUGGCAGUCCACUAAAUAUCACCGAAAAGUUCUUUUUGACGGCUGCUGACCCAUCAGAUGGUACUUCGGAGGCGAGACUGACUCAGGUGAUUAACGCGAAAUUCGAGGCAGGCUUUUUGAAGCCGUACAAUUAUGUGAAAGGGUAUGCAAGGUUACAACAGUAUAUGGAAACUAACAUGACAAAUAAUAGCCGUCAAAGAAUCCUAAAUUCUUUAGGAACGUUUCGACCGGCGUUUCGCGCUGUUGCCCAAUCUCUAAUGGAUUUUGAUUUGGUGCUGGUUGAGGAACAAUUUGAGAGACUAUUAUUGGAUUACGAUAGAGUAUUCAGUUCAAUGGGAAUACCUGCGUGUUUAUGGCGAAGAACCGGCGAAAUUUACAAGGGAAAUAAGGAAUUCGCGUCGCUUGUUGGUGUUCCUAUUGAGAUGCUACGAGAGGGACGGUUAUGUAUCUACGAGGCAAAUUCAUUUAUUGCUUGUAUAAAUUAUAAAGAUAAUGGCUGA